AUGGCCUUCUCGUCGUUUUCCUUCCCCCCUUCGACCCCGUUAUUCCCACCCGCCGCCACCGUUGAGACAUAUCUCUGCGAUUACGCCUCUCAUUUCCAUCUCCGGCCUCAUAUUCAAUUCAGUACAAGCGUUGAGGACGUUUCGUACGAUGGAGCGAAAUGGGUUGUGGUCACGGCACCGACCUCGCCAGAUGGAACGGUCUCUCAUUCCCUACCUCGAACUUACCGCUUUGAUUUGCUUUUCGUAUGCAAUGGCCAUUAUAGUGUGCCUCGCUACCCCAGCACUCCUGGACUUGAACCCUGGCUGUUGUCGCGUCGCGCCUCACACUCUGUCUUCUACCGCAAUCCUUCAAUAUCUGGAGCCCCUUUUUCCCUAGGCAAAUCCCACAAAGUUCUUGUCAUCGGAGGUGGUCCUAGUGGGCAGGACAUCGUCGCGGACUUGCAUGGUGUCGUGGGAUGCAUAGUUCAUUCAGCUUCUACGCAUCUUGCUGUUCACCAAGACCAGGAUGAAUCAGAACCGGCGCUGAGGCUGCGCGGAAGGCCGACACACUUUCUUGACAUGGCCGGAGGCAAAGGAAAGGUCGAAUUCGAAGGUGGCAUCGUGGAAGACAACAUCGACUACUGCAUCAUUGCAACUGGAUACCAAGUUUCAUUCCCAUUCUUCAAAGCGCCAUCGAUGUCUCGAUACCUGAUAGACGGUCUGCCACCCUCUCUACCACUCCUUCCGCAGGAGCUAUUCAACACCACUUAUGGCGUGUUUCCUCUCGUUAGACACACAUUCCCUUUCCCUUUCUCUAACUCAGAGUCUAUGCCUCCUCCAUCCCCGACAUCGCUCGCCUUCCUCGGCCUCUUGGUCCGCGUCGCGCCGUUUCCUUUGGUGGAAGCCCAAGCGCGCGCCGCACUCUCAGCCUUCUCCCAUCCUGAUCGAAUUGACUGGACACAUGAAUCUACCGACAUCAUGGAACGGUAUCGAACGCUCAAAGGUCAACUAGGAUUAGAAGACAGUGCUGCUGAAGAUAAAGUGUCAGAAGCACAGAUCCAGAAGGCAUGGUGCCGCUUUGAGCCCAUGGAGCAGUUCGAUUAUCGCGAUCUGCUGGCUGAUCUUGUCGACGAGCUCGAUGGAACAUCGCCCUCGCACCCUGACGGUUCCUGGAUGCCGGUCGCCCGUUCGAAGUCCUGGGAGCGAGAAUUAUAUGACCACAAAGACGUGCUUAGAAGGACAUGGCGCGCGUUAGAGGCCAGCGGGGAAGCAGAGGAUUGGGUGCGUGGCAUUGGUACUGGGGAUCACAGCGAAGAAGAGUGGGUGGAUUUAAUGUGGCGCGUUGUGCGGAAAGGCGAAGGUGAUGAGAAGAGUGGCGAGAAAGCAUAG